AUGUCAACAACUCAAGACGGCAGAAGCACCGCGGGCAAGUCAAUCGAUAUCGUCUUUCUCCAAGACGCGACGGGUAGCCAGGGACCUUACAUCCAAGCUGCCAGACAAGCCAUCCAGCAGAUCUGCUUGAAAGUGUCUGCCUCUGCUGAGCUCUCAAAAGGAGCCAUCCGGUUCGCGCUCAUCGCGUUCCGUGAUCACCCACCUCAAGACAUGAGUUUUGUCACGAAGAAUUUCGGGUUCACGGCGGAACAGUCUGUUAUGAAGAAGAAUUUGGAUGGGCUCAUUGCGUCUGGUGGAGGUGACGGACCAGAAGCGCAAACUGCUGCCCUUGCCGAUGCGCUGAACUUGGAAUGGGCUGAGGGCGCUGCGAAGAUGGUGGUUCUGAUUACUGAUGCACCUCCACAUGGAAUUGGAGAAGAUGGUGACGGCUUUACGGAAUCUCCUGAUCAAAACGAUCCUCUGCAGCUCGCGCGACAGAUGGCAGAGCGUGGCAUUACCCUCUUUGUGAUCGCGUGCGAGCCAAGUCUAAGCAGAUACAGGAACGCGGUGGAUUUCUACAAAGCCUUGGCAGACAUCACCAGCGGAAAAGUUUUCCCCCUUACAUUGGCAGAAAAACUUGGCGACUACAUUGUUGGAACCACCAUUGAGACGAUCGAGACUGAAAAGCUGAUCGCCGAAUUCGAAGAGGUUAUCGUGGACGACAUUUAUGGCAGCGAGACUCCAUUGGAACAAGUGACGGACAAGCUGCACAGCAAGUUGGCGGACACUGGCGUUCAAAUCACCACAUUGAACGUAGAAAACAUCUAUAACGAGUCACCGCAAUCGACUUCGAAUACCAACGUUUGGCUGAGUGCCCCAACGAUCGCUGCUGCCCGCCCAAAGGUCGUCCAGGUUGAGGGCCCUCGCGUGAAGAGCGCAUUUGUUGGGAUGGGGGCAAGGGCACCAGAGGUAGCAUUUAUGCCGCAGGCAAUCAGCAUGUCACAGGCAACGCGUGUUGUGAAGCAGAGUGCUAUGAGGCAGUCUGCUGUUGCUCCUGGUGGCGCUAUGACGCCAUCCGCCUCUUCAAAAUAUUACAGGGGAUGA